AUGGAUUCUGAGGAGGAGACUCAGAACAUCUUCAGUGUUUUGUCAUCUGGUCAGAAGCCCAGUUGGACAACCUCAACAACCAGCACCAUGUGUGGCUACUACGGAAACUACUAUGGAGGCCGUGGCUAUGGAUGCUGUGGCUAUGGAGGUCUGGGCUAUGGCUAUGGCGGCCGUGGCUAUGGAUGCUGUGGCUAUGGAGGCCUGGGCUAUGGCUUUGGAGGCCGUGGCUAUGGAUGCUGUGGCUAUGGAGGCCUGGGCUAUGGCUAUGGUGGCCGUGGCUAUGGAUGCUGUGGCUAUGGAGGCCUGGGCUGUGGCUAUGGCUAUGGCUCUGGCUCUCUCUACGGCUGUGGCUAUGGAUGUGGCUCUGGCUAUGGCUCUGGUUUCGGCUACUACUACUAA